GUGCUCAAUCUGUCUUUUUUCUGAGAUGAAAAAAGGAGAUGCAUUUGGAAUAACAUCAUUCUGUUACCCGCAGAUUUUGGCCUCAUGUCAGACACCAGUGAUUUCAUGGUGAAUACUAUAUCUGGCUAUGCUGCAAUUAGCGACCUGAAAUUAUUUUACCGAGAAUUUACAUCAGAUGAGGUUCAAAGGUUACACUCGGCAGAAACUGGUGGAUUUGAUUGUAUUGAUCCUGGAGUACCAAGUAAUGGCAUGCAAGUUGGAAUUCCAUCUUUACGAAAUGGUACCAGUGUUAUGUUCACAUGUGAUACAGGGUACACACUGGAAGGGACUGACGUAAUAACUUGUAUAGAGGGCGUAUGGUUAGACAACAUUCCUGUCUGCACAGGUUUACAACCCGAUUACUACUGGGAUAUGAGUGGCAAGUGUACAAGCGAUGACGCUGAACCUAUGACGUGUGUAACAGGUUGCAAUGAUAAUGUUAUCUAUGGAAAUAUUGGGGGACAGGUAGGGACAGCGAGGCUUUCACAAUCAGUGCUCACAGACGCCCCUACCAAUUCUCCUCAUCAGUGUGCUAUUAGUUUCGCCGGUGACAACAAUGUUCUUUUUGAAUCUUUCGAAACCGAUUGUAUCUCUCGUAUUGACCUUUGCCCUGAUGGCAUUACGCUCAGUAUGUGGUUAAAGAUAGACAAAUCUUCCAAUACCGGUACCAGAUCCCAUUUUACUUCCGGUGGCCAGACUUUAGUCGGUCGUGGUCUCUAUGUAUACACGGAUUCCACUGUGAGCCCCUUGUACUUCAGAGCCCAGUCUGGCACCAAUGUAUGGGUGGUAUCUGCGGAGUAUCCAGACAACCAAUGGUUCCAGGCAGUCUUCACUUUUAAGAUAGAUGACGUAAUUACAAUUUACAUCGAUGGAUCACAUGAAAGUAGUCAUCACUAUGCCACAGUUGAUCCCUAUGCAACAUCCAACUCAGAAACAG